AUGGCCCUCAAUUCGGUAGCCUUGAGCGAGUUCACUUACCGGAGUGAUGCGUAUGAAUAUUCAAUCCGCUGGACAUGUCUCGGCGAUGAUAGCAACCCGCCGCUUAUUUUCGUCCACGGAACACCAUGGUCUUCAUAUGUCUGGAUACCUUUUGCAAAGUCACUUGCCGCGCGUUACAAGAUUUACCUCUUUGAUAAUCCUGGCUUCGGUGAAUCACUCGGGGGUACGCCAAUAGCUCCCAAAUAUGGUGCCACCGAACUGGACGCAUCCCUCGCCGGCCAAGCCGAGGCAUUUACCGCCCUUUACAAGUCAUGGAAUUUCACGACUGACCGACUUCCACACGUCAUUGCACAUGAUAAUGGCGGGCUUAUCACACUCCGCGCGAAUAUCUUGUUUGGCUGUCAAUACGCCAGCCUCUGCCUGAUUGACGUUGUCGCUCUAUGCCCUUUCGGAAGUCCUUUCUUCCGUCUUGUGUCGCAGAACCAGUCUAUCUUCAAAUCGAUCCCGGACGGAGUUUUCCGAGGCAUGGUUCACGCAUAUAUCCGGGGCGCGGCAUUUAAGCCUCUCCCGAGUCUUGUUGAAGACCGGCUCGUACAACCGUGGGUUGCCGGUGGGCGUCAGGGCCAAGAGGCGUUUACCCGACAGAUGGUACAAGCUGACCAGAUACAUGCGGAGGAAAUAGAGGGACGAUAUGGAGAUAUUGGUAGCACGGUUCCAGUGAAGAUUAUCUGGGGAAUGGAGGACAAAUGGAUCCCCGUUGAUCGCGCAGAGAGAUUAGCCCAGAAGAUCGGGGCAAAGGAAGUCGUGUUGGUCAAGGAAGCAGGGCAUUUGAUCAUGUUUGAUCAACCGGAGCGGCUGGCUACGGAACUUGCCAUAUGGUUGACGGAGGUGACGGUGUAA